AUGGAUACCCUCUGGAUAUAUUGCAUUUUUUUCAUUUUAUUAGCCCUUUGGGCUCUUUUUGGGGGCUAUUUUCCCGGAUUGAGAAACCCCAAGCUUCCUCCUGGACCUCCAUGUCUUCCAGUAAUUGGCAACUUACAUCAAAUUCCAACGACGGGGGCACAUUUGAAAUUUACUGAAUGGGCUACCAAAUAUGGCCCUAUUUUCUCUCUCAAAAUUGGGCCAAGCACAGCUGUCGUUCUCAGUUCCCCUUACAUGAUUAAACAGUUGAUAGACAAACAGUCAGCUAUUUAUAGUGACAGACCCAAAUUUUAUAUCGCUGACCAUCUGGUUAUGCACGGUGACCAUCUUAUGUUCAUGGGCCCAGAUGCUCGAUGGCGACGAGGGCGGAAAUUAUAUCACCAGUACUUUAAUGAGUCAGUUUGUGAGAAGAAACAUGUUCUUCUGCAGAAUGCAGAAGCCGUCCAACUACUUCGGGAUCUCCAUAUCCAACCUGAUGACUUUAUGAAUCAUUGCAAACGCUUCACAAAUAGCACUACAAUGAGUCUAGUUACCGGUAUUCGAACGCCAACACCUUCCGCUCUGCAUAUGCGACAUCUGUAUGCUGUAUUGGACGGCAUUUCUGAGAUUUUUGAGCCAGGAGCCACUCCGCCAAUCGAUAUUUUCCCAUUCCUGGCGUGGCUUCCUGAGUCGCUUUUCAACAACUGGAAAUCGCGCGCACGAGAAGUUGCCCAAACAAUGGAUAAAGUAUAUGGCCCGCUUGUCGACCGUGUCUUGCGACGACGUGAGUCGGGGUCGAAAUGUCGUGAUAGUUACUUGGACAUGGUACUGGAUCAGCAGGAUAAGCUCCAGCUUACGAGGCAUGAAAUCGACCUGAUGGUUGGAAAUCUGCUUGAAGGUGGCUCCGAUACUACGUCUAUUAUGACAAUCGCAUUCAUUCAGGCGAUGGCACUAUACCCUGAAGUGCAAAGGAUGGCUCAGAAAGAGAUUGAUGCAGUUAUUGGCGAAGACAGAUCUCCAGACUGGGGUGAUUAUGCGAGCCUGCCAUACGUAGCCAUGGUAAUAAAGGAGACGAUGAGAUGGCGGCCAGUUCUGCCGACAGCCUUUCCACACGCCACAAGCAAAGAGAGUACAAUCGACGGAAUGACCAUCCCCGCUGGCUCGACCGUUAUUCUGAACAUAUGGGGGCUGCAUCACGACAGCCGCAAACAUGCCGAUCCGGAUAGGUUUAACCCUCUACGGUACCAAGGGCGCGCUGAUCUGGCAUCCGCAUACGCCUCUUCACCAGAUUAUGAAAACCGUGAUCACUACGGGUAUGGGUCUGGUCGGCGCAUUUGUCCUGGAAUUCACUUGGCCGAACGAGGGCUCUUUCUCGGGGUGGCGAAGAUUCUGUGGGCUUUCGAUAUUACCCCCAUGAGUGAUACCCAAGGCCGUCCGAUUCCUAUCAAUACGGACCCUGCCACCGGGUAUACGGAUGGCUUUUUGCGCUGUGCAAAGCCAUUUCCCUUGAAGAUCAUCGUCCGUUCUGAGCGCCGCCUGCAAACGAUUGGCGCAGAGUUUGCAAGUGCAGAGAGGGAUGUAUUCAGUCGAUAUGACGUAUAG